CCUCCUCUUUCUCCUAUUUCUCCUCCUCCUCCUCUUCCUCCUCCUCUUCCUCCUCCUCCUCCUCCUUCCUCUUCACCCUUUUUCUCCCUUACCACGUACCUACCUUCUACCUACGUAUUUGAUUUUUCUCCCGCCACCCUCCCUCCCUCCUUCCCUCUCUCUCUCCUCCUUUUCUUCUUUCCUCCUUUCUUCUUCCUUUUUAUUUUUUUAUUUUUUAUUUUUCUUCUUUCUCCUUCCUUUUUUUUUCCAUUUCCUUUUCAUUUUCUUAUUCGACUGGUGCGACUACACGCAUCGAUCACCAUCAUUGUAUAUCUACGAGAGAGAGAGAGGAUACGUUUAUCUUCUCCGACGGUCGUCGUCGUCGUUGUCGUCGUCGUCGUCGUCGUCGUUGUCGUCGUCGUCGUCGUCGUCGUCGUAAGUUCUUACUUGUUACGCGAUUCGUUAAGAACUCCGCGUGUGAGAAAUAUAUAAUAAGACACAAUAAUAAAAGGAAUUUUUCUUUAUACUCUAUUUAUAGAUAAUUGUGAUAUAUUGUCGAGAAAAGAAGGGAUUAUUGUUAUAAAGAAGAAAAGGAUAAACUUUGUGAAAUUGAUAAUAAAGGAGAAGAGAGAGAGAGAGAGAGAGAGAGAGAAAAGAAAAGAUUAAGAAAAAGAAAAAGAUUAAAAAGGAAUCCGAUUUAAAAGGACUAAGUGUGUGACAUAGACUCGCUAAGAAGAAGGACUACCCGAUGAGAGCAACGUUUGAACGAUAGGAUAUUCUUUUUGGUGUGUGCAUGCGUGCGUGCGUGCGUGCGUGCGUGCGUGCGUGGCCGUGUGUUUGUGUCUGUGUUAGAUCAUUAAUGAUAAUAGAAUUGAGACGUUUAACUUGAUCAGGCUAAAACACGAUAGCAAAAUGGCGCUGGUUGUCGCGAAUAUUUUCCGUUGUAUUCUUUCGUUAACGACCUCGCGAUAAAAUAUAAACAUCUAUCUAUCUAUCUAUCUAUCUAUCUAUCUACCUAUCUAUCUAUCUAUCUAUCUAUCGAUGCUCCAAAUUGAAUUCUAACAAUCUUCACGGGUCGUCUGAGAAACGAUUUAUUGAAAUCGAACGUUCGUUCAUUCGUUCGUUCGUUUGUUGGAAAGCGAAAGGAUCAAUUUAAAUCGUCGAUCAUUGGAAUCAUCGAAAUUUUUUUAACGAUACGUAAAGCACAAAAGAUAGAAGAAAAAUUGAGGGUAAGAGUUACGGAGGCAAGAAAAACAAACGUGGAAGAGGAAGAGGAAGAAGAGGAAGAAGAGGAAGAAGAGAAAGAAGUGGGAGAAAUAGAAGAUUAGAAAAAGUACGGCCGGUGGUUUUAAAAGCCUUCAAGAUUGCUCGAAAACCGUCGCGCGAUUCGCGCAGAGUUGGACGAACCGCGGAAAUACGGGGUGCGUGGGCAGCUAUGCAAAGGGCGGUCGCUGGCGGAGGGCCCGGGCCCUUAGGUCUUCAGGGCCCUCCAAGGUCAGUCAAAAUAUCACCAGUGAACAUUCAGGACGAACCCGGUGACCCGACCUCGCAAAAAGGACGUAGCUCGCAUUGCGUCGGCUGCGGUGGACGAAUUCACGACCAGUGGAUAUUGAGGGUGGCGCCUAAUCUCGAGUGGCAUGCUGCCUGUUUGAAGUGUGCCGAGUGUCAGCAAUUUUUGGACGAACAUUGCACCUGCUUCGUUCGCGACGGGAAGACGUACUGCAAGGGAGAUUACGUCAGACUGUUCGGGACGAAGUGCGACAAGUGCAGUCAGUGUUUCAGCAAGAACGAAUACGUGAUGAGGGCAAAGACCAAGAUCUAUCACGUGAAUUGUUUUCGUUGUUCGGCUUGCAUGAGGAAGCUUUUACCGGGCGAUGAAUUCGCCCUGAGACAGGACGGAUUAUUUUGUUUGCACGAUCACGAAAUAGUUGAAAGUGGAAAAUUUUGUCCCACUGGCGGUGUACCGGGGAGCGAGAAUAACAACAACGCUUCUUUAACAAAUAAUAAUCAUCAUUUGCAUCCAAACGACGGAUCGAUGUCAGACUCUGGAUCAGAGAGUGGUUCUCAUAAGGCCGGCGUUGGUGGUGCACGAGGAACCGGAAGUCAUAAGAGCGGUGGUGGUUCCGACGGUAAACCAACCAGAGUACGUACGGUUUUGAAUGAGAAACAACUUCAUACUUUGAGAACGUGUUACGCCGCAAAUCCAAGACCGGACGCAUUGAUGAAGGAACAAUUGGUCGAGAUGACCGGAUUAAGUCCAAGAGUUAUCAGGGUAUGGUUCCAAAACAAAAGAUGUAAGGAUAAGAAGAAGACGAUAGCAAUGAAACAACAAAUGCAAGAGAAGUGCUUUCCGUUGCAGGACGGGCGUAAAUUGGGUUUCGGCGGUAUGCAUGGGAUACCAAUGGUGGCGAGUAGCCCUGUUAGACACGAAAGCCCCAUCGGCAUGACACCUCUAGAAGUGCAAGCCUAUCAACCACCUUGGAAAGCUCUAUCGGACUUUGCCUUGCAUACGGAUCUCGAUAGGUUGGAUCCCAAUGCGCCAGCCUUUCAUCAUUUGGUCUCCCAGAUGCACGGUUAUGACAUUCACGGAGGAGCACCACCACAACUUCCACCUCCAGGAAUGCUCGGUGGUCCAAUGAACGACGGUGGUGGCGGUGGAGGUGGUGGCCCUUUACCUCCACCAGGUCCUCAUCAUCCUGGAGGUGGUGGUCCAGAUAUGGGUCAACAUCCUGAUAGUACCGAUAGCUAUGUCACUUAUCUCGAAAGUGACAGCGAUUCGUUACAUCACGAUACGGGUAGUCCAUAGUGUCGUCGUACCUAUCGUCUAUGGCUCGUACAUGGCAAAGCUCAAAGUUUAGUACAGUUCAAGAUAAUGAUCGACGUAUUGUUGAUCGUAAACUUAAGAUCUCUCCAUUGACGAGAAAUAAGCUCGAUGACGAGCAAUGACGAAAAAAUAAACGGGAGACCCGUUAAUGAACUUUUGGUCUCUCUCUCUCUCUCUCUCUCUCCUCUCUCUCUCUCUCUCUCUCUCUCUCCCUCUUUCUCAAUUUCUUUUUCGCAGAAUAUCUUUUUCUGUCUAUCUCUUUCUCACUCUUUCUCUCUAUCUUUUUCUUUUUUCUUCUUCUUUUUUUUUUUUUCUUUCUUUCUAUCUGCCUUACUAUCGUCAUCGUCGAUGGAUUCUAUAUAUUGUACAUAGAACAAAUAAUGCUCGUGUAAUCACGCGACACGUGCCGAUUUAGAUCCGUUUAAUAGAUUCAUAUUAGAUGAGAGAAAAGAUAAGGAUUAUAGAAAUGGUGCGAAUCUUCCGAAUCGAUAAAUUUAUCGAUCGAGACGAAUAGUAUUAAUUUAGGGAAUCUACGAACACAACGAUGGUAAGUAUUACAAAAGAAAGAAAGAAAGCAAGGAAAGUGAAAAGGAGGAAGGGAAAAAGGAUAUGCGCGUUAAAAGGGUGCUGAACGGUGCUGAAAUAGAAAAGUUGUGUCCAUGCGAAAAGAUGCCACAGCGGUCGAACGGUUUUUUUUUUUUUUUUUUUUUUUUUUUUUUUUUUUUUUUUUAAUGGAACAUAAAUCAUGAUCUAUCAUGUGUUCAUGUUUUAGAAAAAAUAUCGAAUUUAUAUAUUUUUUUUUUUUUUCAAGCCAAUGUUUGCUCAAUACAAAAAAUAGAGAAAAAAAUAUUACUUGAAUCUUUCCACUUGUUUUUCUUAUAUAUAAUAUUUUUUUUUCUUUCUUUCCCUCCUUUCUUUCUUUCUUUCUUUCUUUAAACAAAGCGACCAGAAAUCUUGAAUCGAUCAAAUAAAAUUAAUCGAUGUAAUCCUUUUUUUUUUCUUUCUUUCUUUCUUUCUUUCUUUCUUUCUUUCUUUCUUUCUUUUUCCCUUUUAUAAAAAUCAUUUUAUUUUUAUAUUUUACUUAGGAAUCUAGAAGGCCAUAGGGCUUAUCAAAAUUUUGUGAACUUUUCUCGAAAAAUGUAAUUAUUACUUGCGAUCCAUCCAAAAGUGUAAUUUCUGCGUAAGGGUUGAUUGUUUGAACAAUUCAAAAUUAAUUUGUUACAAAUAGAUCGGUGUAAUUGAAAAAUUAGAAAAACUUUUGUAAUGAUCUUUAAUCGAAUUGAUUUUGAAUUGUUUGAAUUAUUGAGGAUAUUAGAUUAGAUUAUAAUCUUUCCUAAUGCACAUCAAUGUAAACCGAUCUAUAAUUUAAAUAUUUAAAGCAAUUCAAACACUUUGGCAAUCUCUAAUCUAGAAUAUAUACGAUUUAUUUGUCGAAAUAAAUCAAUAUUAAUAUUACGUGCAAAAAAAAUCUUUCGACAAUUAUAUUCACGUUAAGAUUCCUUUUCCCGCGUUAUGCUAAAUAAUAUUCUUUUAAAUUACAGCAAUAAUUUAUAACAUACAGUAGUAUCAACGUUUAACAUAUAAUGGAUCCGGAGAUUUGUUAAAAAUAUUUAAAAUAUUAUUAUUAAUUGUUUCGAUAAAAUGAAAUUCGAUGGCCAAAGUAUUAAUUAUCCCUGACAAUUGUGAAAUUGUUUUUAUCAUAUUGAAUUUUCUAUCGAAGUAUCUUAAUCGAAUACAGCACUUUAUCCCAAGGGAAAGAGGGGGGAGGGGGAGGUAAGAAGAUAAUGAAAAAUCACCGAUGGUGAUUUAUUUAUUCUUUUUUCUUUUUUUUUUUCUUGAAACGAAAAAUAUAAUAAUGAUUUCCAACGACAACGUACGACGACAGCUUAUACGAAAUGUACAUAAUUAUUGUUAAUGUCGUUGCUGUAAAAUUGAAGCGAUUUUAAGAUCAUUAAUAUACUCAGGCCCAAAUAAUAAUAAUAAUAAUAUUAAUAAUAAUAAUAAUAAUAAUAACAAUAAUAAUAAUAACAAUAAUAAUAAUAAUAAUAAAUAUGAUAAUGAUAAUAAUAAUAAUAGUUAUAAUAAUAAUAGUAAUGAUAAUAAUAACAAUAAUAAUAAUAAUAGUAAUAAUAAUAAUAAUAAUAAUAAUAAUAUAGUUAAUAUAAAUAGCGAACGACGUAUACAUACUGAUGUUAUAUUUAACAAUUACACACUAUCCCCGAUUAUGUUGUAAGUUUAUGAACAUCUUCUUGAAAACCCAAACGCAGUCAUUAAAUAUAUCAUUUUCUUUUUUUUUUUCUUUUCUUUUUACUUUCUUUCUUUUUUUUUUCUUUUUUUUUUCUCUUUUUUAUUUUUUUUUUUUUUUGAAAAGGAACGCGCGCCUGCAUGAUGAAAACUCUCUUAGAAGAGACAGAUUCGAUUGAAAGAGGGAGGAAAAAAUGGGGUGGAAAAAAAGAAAAGUAGAAAAAAGCAAAAAAUACCAAAGUAUGUACAGCACUUUGCGAGCUUAACGAAAAGUUACGGGGUGGGGAGGGGGAGGGGGUGGGGGGAGUAGGAGGAGAGAAGAAUGCACUUAAAUUGUAAAUAAAAUACUCCAUUACAUUAGAAUUAUAAAUUAGGACAGUUCUCAUUUAAUAGAAAUGGCGGGCUGUUUUAUGUGCACACGUUGUGCUCGCCGUGUUAGAUGUUUGUAUAGAAACGUUACACGUCGCUCUCCCUCUCCCUCCCUCACUCUCUCUCUCUCUCUCUCUCUCUCUCUCUCUCUCUCUCUCUCUCUCUCUCUCUCUCUCUCUCUCUCUCUCUCUCUUGUAUGUAUAUGUUUAGAAAAAAAAAAAAAAAAAAGAAAAAAAAAGAGAAAAAAAAGAAAAGAAAAGGAAAAAAAAAAAGGAAAGAAAAACCAUGUAGUUCUAACGUUUCGUAAUUCGUUCGAACAUCUUCGAAUUUGUAUAAUAUUUCUAUACCGGCACACUGAAUGUAAUAAACUGUCGAAUUAA